AAUUGCAAGGAUUCAGUGGGUCCUGAAUUUGAAACAAUUGAGAGGCGAAUAACAUCUAUGCUUUCACAUCUCCAAUCUGAGUGUGGCAUCCUUGAAAGAUUGGUAUACAAAAAUAAGAACCAGCACCGUCGCUGUUCCUAUUUCCAGCAUCUUUUGAAGUUGAAGAGGGAUUUAAAGCUCCUGCAAUCGGUAGGUUUAUUUGUUAUCAAAGGAGAUAAACCAAAACAGAAGGUUCAUUUUUUAGAGAGCUUGAAAAGGAGAAAAUACAAUGAUGAAAAGCAUAAUUUUUUGGAACGUCUUUUAGGAUCUGCACGACUACUUGCAGAGAUGGUUGAACCAAUACUGAAGGCUGCUAGUGAGAUAUCUGUAUUGUAUACUAAAUCUUUUUCUAUGGGGAUUUCUGUGACAAUUAUGGCUUUGCUAGGGUGUCUACGAGUUUUGGUCCAACAGAUAUUACUUGAUGUUGUUUUAUUGUUCAAUAUGGUUUCUUCCAUGUCUACAAAUAAGCAAUCAAUAAAAAUAACUCAUGACGGAAUAGAGGUUACUUUUUAGAGAGUUUUACCUGUUAGUGAUGAUUAUGUUACAUUAGAGUGUGUCUGAAAAUAGGAUAAGUUUAUAUUACAUGAGAGGAAGCAUAAAAGGCAGAAUGAAAGUCAAGGUGAGGACUUUGGUGGAAAUCUUUCUGUUCAACCAUCAGGUGUCAACUAUAACAGUAUCGAGUCUAUUCUUGGGGGUAAGAACCAUGAUGUGCUCAUUUCUGCUAUUUUAUAAUCACUCAGUGUUCUUUAUUUGUAUAAUUAAUCUAAUUACUUGGUGCAUUGUUCAGUUGCUGAUAAUUAAUUGUUUUAUAAUAAAUGUCUUGUUAGCAUGGCUUGUAUUCAAUAGGAUUAAUAAACUGAGAGUUUGAGAAAAAGAGAGGAAGUUUUUAGAAUCUGAAAACUGAUUGUUAUUCUGAAUCGGAAUGAAGUACAGAAAGGUAAUUAUACACUGAAUAUCUAGAUGCUGCCUAUUUGUUUAGUUAGUUAACAGAAUGCUAGCUAACUGUAACUGCUAAUUCAUACAGAAUUCAAUACAAAAUUAACUAAUAGAAGCUGAGACUGAAUCCAUAUAAUAUCUGAUGUAAUAAUAGCUUGACUCCUGUACCUAACUUCUACACUAGAGCAUCAGACUUGCAUCUCCCACCACAAUCUAAAAUCGAUCCACUCCUCCACGUUUCUCAGUUUAAAAAGGCAGUGGGGAGGGGUGUGCAAAAACUACUAUGCUAUUGGAACUGGAAGGGCAGGUUGAAGAGAAUGUCCUAGAUUGAAUGUCAAUUACAAUGCAUGGAGAGACUAUGGAUCAGGUGUUCAUUAAGUAGUUCCAACAUACGAGCUGAGCUGGUGGUUUGGAGUCAAUUUUCAGACUUCAACCUUGAGGACAUGGAUCUCGGGAAGGAAGGCUUAAAACUGUAAUGAUACUAACUUAAUAAGUGUACAAAGUAGUAAUUUUAUGUUAACUUGCAAUGCCAAGGCUAAGACAUUCAAUUUCAUGGGAAAUGAAAGUGAUCAAACAAAAGAUGACAAAGGGGAUUCACUUGCUAGAAUACUUACUGAUGUAAAUGCAAAGGAUGGUCUUUUUUAAGCACUGAUGUUUUCAAAUGCAAGAAACAUUGAAAAUGUCUUGAUUUUUGACAAUGAAUCUUUCAGUAGUAAUACUACAGUAGGAAAACUUGAUUUAAUAUGAAAGGCAUUAUAGUCGACCAUGUAGAAUGUACUGACUUUUGAUGACCCAAGGAAACCUGAUCCUGGUCUCAAUCUCCAUUCAAUUGCUCGAAUUUUUGAAGGAAAUUUCUUUAUACAUUAGUUCCAAAUCUAUAUGAUCUUCAUAUGAUAUUUACUAUACAAGUUUACCACAACUUUUGCACAUC